GGUUCCAAACAGCUUCAUGAUGAGGACCGACAUCACAGUACAGCUGAGCAUCUGUGCCCUGUGCCUGUCUCUGACAGCUUUUGAUGGACUUCUGUUACUACAACUUCCUGACCCAUCACCUAUAGAUUGUGUAUGGAGCCGCUGGUCAGGGUGGACUUCCUGUGAUCCCUGCACAAACACCAGGAGGCGUUCUCGGGGUAUAGAGAUCUUUGGCCAGUUUGGGGGUGAAGCCUGCGCUGGAUCGAUAGGUGAAAGGGAGUUCUGCCAAACUUCAGAUCUGUGUUUGCAGCCAACGCCGAGUCUUUGCUCAGACUCAGAGUUCCAGUGUGGUACAGAAUUGAAAACAUGCAUCAAAGCGCGAUUAGAGUGCAAUGGGGACUAUGACUGUGAAGACGGGUCAGAUGAGGACUGUGACCCUGUGCGUAGACCUUGCGGCAAUCUUCUACUUGAGAACAAUGAGCAAGGCCGGACAGCAGGAUAUGGAAUCAACAUCUUGGGUGCGGCUCCUCGAAUGAACCCCUUCUUCAAUGAUUACUUCAACGGGAGAUGUGAUAAAGUGAGAAAUCCAAACACUGGGAAGUAUGACAGGCUUCCCUGGAAUAUUGGUGUGCUCAAUUAUGAGACUCUGGUGGAGGAAACAGUCUCCAAAGAAAUCUAUGAGAACACACACACCCUCCUAAAGGAGAUUCUACAAGAAUCCACUUUUUCAAUUGAUGCUGGACUUUCCUUCAAACUCUCUCCGAGUGAGCAGUCCAUGUCCAAUAUGUCUGUGGGUGGUGAAGUGGGGGCUGAAUAUUCAAGGACAAAUAUGAUUAAGAAAGUUGAAGAGUACACAACUAUUAAGAACAAGAGCUUUAUGAAGGUGAAGGGCAAAGUGCAGAUGAGUACCUACAGGAUGCGUUCCCGUGAACUCAAAGUUGCUGAGGAAUUCCUCCUUCACGUCAAGUCUUUGCCUCUCGAUUAUGAGAAGGGUAUUUAUUUUGCCUUCCUGGAGGACUACGGAACGCACUACACCAAAAAUGGGAAGUCCGGUGGCCAAUAUGAGUUGAUCUAUGUUCUUAACCAGGACACCAUCAAACAAAAAAAUAUUACCGAGAGAAGCCUUCAAAAUUGUGUCAAAGUAGGGAUCUCUGUGAAUGUUGGGGUUCCGGAUGCAGCAAAUGCUGAAGCACAUGUAAAACCUAAAUACUGCGACAAAUUUAAUCCCAAAGAUACAGAGAUUUCUGAUGGAAAGGCAAUGGUGGACAAAGUGAUGACCUCAGUGAGAGGUGGAACUCUUUUAGCUGCUAGCGCUAUGAAGACUCAGCUGAACACGGAGGGGACCAUGUCCCUUAAAACUUAUCAGGAUUGGGCGCAUUCCAUCACCGAGGAACCUGCGCUGCUUUACAGUGAGCCCGAGCCCAUCUACAUGUUGGUGCCACUAGAUCUUCCAAGUGCGAACACCAGGAUAUCAAACCUUAAGAGGGCCAUUGAAGAAUAUGUGGCUGAGUAUAACAAGUGCAAGUGCAAGCCCUGUCAGAAUGGAGGCACGUUGGCCCUGCUGGAUGGGAAAUGCAUUUGUAUGUGCCCUAACCUGUUUGAAGGUCAAGCCUGCCAGAACUUUAAGAGUGACAAAGCCAAAAGUCCAGCAAGCAGACCUGCUGUUAUUCAGGUGGGUAACUGGUCCUGCUGGUCAGCCUGGUCCUCUUGUAGUGGAGGGAAACGUACGAGGUCUCGCAGGUGCAACAUGGACGGACUCACUGAUGCUUCCUGCAGAGGAGACACAACCAGUGAAGGAUACUGCUAAUAAAGCAAGAAAACAACUAUCUAGCAAGCAUGGUUCUUUGUGGGUAAUCACUCUGUUGAAUGUACAAAAAUAAAAAAACAGCAGAAUCAGAA